AUGAUGUUGGCUUGGAAACUAGGGCCAGCAUUAGCUUGUGGUAAUGUGGUUGUAUUGAAGCCAGCUGAACAAACACCACUUACUGCACUUUAUUGUGCUGCUCUCAUUAAAGAGGCUGGCUUUCCACCAGGUGUUGUCAACAUCAUACCAGGUGAUGGACCUCAAUGUGGUUAUGCAAUUGCUGUUCACGAACAUAUUGAUAAAGUAGCCUUUACUGGUUCAGUUGAAAUUGGAAAGAAAGUACAAGAAGCAGCAGCUAAAUCAAAUCUUAAACGUGUUACACUUGAACUUGGUGGAAAAUCUCCUUUGAUCAUCUGUGAAGAUGCUGAUCUUGAUUUUGCUGUCAAACUUGCUCAUGAUGCUAUUUUUACUAGUGCUGCACAAAGUUGUGUGGCUGCAUCUCGUACAUUUGUUCAAGCAAAAAUUUAUGAUGAGUUUAUCACUCGUAGUGUUGAAUUAGCCAAGAAACGUAUUGUUGGUGAUCCAUUUGAUUCUAAUACUGAACAAGGACCACAAAUAAAUGAUAGUCAAUUUCAAAAGAUUUUCGGUUAUAUAGAAUCAGGUAAAAAGUCUGGAGCUAAAUUAGAAUGUGGUGGUGAACGAGUUGGUAAUAAAGGUUAUUUUAUCAAACCAACUAUUUUUAGUGGUGUAAAAGAUGAGAUGCAAAUUGCUCGUGAAGAGAUUUUUGGUCCAGUAAUGUCAGUCCUAAAGUAUGACUCAUAUGAAGAAGUUAUCAAACGAGCAAAUGACACGACUUUUGGACUUGGUGCUGGAGUAAUAACUAGAGACAUAACACGUGCUCUUACGUUGGCUCAGCAAAUACGAUCUGGUUCUGUUUGGAUAAAUACUUAUAAGGCUAUAUGUAAUCAAGCACCAUUUGGUGGAUUUAAACAGUCAGGUCAGGGAAGAGAAUUAGGUCGAUAUGGUCUCGAAGCAUACUAUGAAUACAUUCAAUCGGGUAAAGAGGCCGGUGCAAAACUUGAAUGUGGUGGUGAACGAAUUGGUGAUAAAGGCUAUUUCAUUCAACCAACUAUCUUUAGUGAUGUAAAAGAUGAUAUGAAAAUAGCUCGUGAAGAGAUUUUUGGUCCAGUAAUGUCAAUAUUUAAAUUUGACUCAUAUGACGAAGCAAUUAAACGUGCAAAUGAUACACAGUAUGGUCUAGCUGCUGGUGUUAUAACAAAAGAUUUGGCACGUGCUUUCCAAUUCAUUGAACAAUUGCAAGCUGGUUCAGUGUGGGUUAAUCAAUAUAGUACUUUGCAAUUUCAAGCUCCAUUUGGUGGUUUUAAACAAUCCGGCCAUGGACGUGAAUUAGGACGAAAUGGUCUUGAAGAAUAUUAUGAAGUGAAGACAGUUUCAAUCAAAAUUGACUAA